UCCAACUGGGCAGCCCUACGCCCAGCUACAACUUCAUUAAUGUUGAAGAAGGGGAAUGUUUUCCUAGACAACUAUCAGUCUCUGCCAUGCUCUUCAUCCUGCUUCACGUUCUCCUUCUUGUUCUAGCUGUGAGCCUCUGCCAUUCACUAAUUUGGGCCUUACCUGGGGGAAGCCUCCUCAGUGCCAUCAGACCUCCUGGUGAGGUGCAAUUAGCCAUUCAAGCUUCUUAACACUGAAAGAAAAGCUGGGCCCCACAGGUGGCACUCCAAGAUGGCAUCACUUGUACCAGUGAAGGAGAAGAAACUCCUGGAUGUCAAACUCGGGGAGCUGCCAAGCUGGAUACUGAUGCGAGAUUUCACCCCUAGUGGCAUUGCUGGAGCAUUUCAAAGAGGUUACUACUGGUACUACAAUUAGUACAUCGAUGUGAAGAAAGUGUCUCAGGUUUCCAUGGUACUGGCAGCUUACCUGCUCUUCAGCUACUGCCUUUCCUGCAAGGAGCUCAAGCAUAAGCAGCUAUGCAAGUACCACUGCAGACGGCAUGCUCUGCCACCCUGACCACGACCUCCUUUGCCCGCACCUGUCCUUGAGGAAUGUGAUCCUUGCUGAAUCCUUUUAUAUCCUAAUGGGAAUUAACCUCCACAUAAAAGAUGACUGGUUAAAAAAUAAAAGAAAAGCUGGGGCCCAA